AUGAAAAUUCUGGUGUGUGGAGAUGUGGAGGGUCACUUCAAGCAACUGUUUAGCAGAGUCCAGAGCAUCCUCUCCAAGAACAAAGACUUUGAGCUGCUGUUGUGUGUUGGAUCUUUCUUUAGCUCUGACUGCCAGGAGGAGUGGAGCAAGUAUCGGGAGGGGGUGGAAACAGUGCCUCUACCGACGUUCAUCCUUGGCCCGUGUUGGACUGAGCAUGGCCAGUUCUAUGGAGACUUGUCAUGUGAUGGAGGAGAGCUUUGCCCCAAUGUCACAUGUCUAGGUCAGCGUGGAGUGUACAGUGCGUCCAGUGGUCUGAGGGUGGCCUAUCUCAGUGGGAGCUACCAGGGGAGGACCUAUCAGCAUCAAGACAAGGGAGAUAAUCUAUUGCGACCAUAUUUCACUGACUCUGAUGUGUCCUGGCUGGAGGGUCAGUGCAGUGGAGAGGGCUACCGUGGAGUGGACAUUCUCCUCACCUCUGAUUGGCCCGGGGCAGUGGACAAGUUCACAGUGGCUCCUCUUAUGCUCAUGCAGGACGGACUGGACCUGAGUGCAGUGGGGGCAAAGCCUCUGAGUAAACUGGCCAUGUGUCUCAAGCCACGCUACCAUUUUGCAGCUCUACACCAAACCUUCUAUGAGAGAAUACCGUACAGGUACAGUACGUCCAUCCCUGUAAUAUUAGAGUACUUGAUAAUACCUCCACAACUUUUGAUGCUAACUGUAUUGUGCUUCAUUUCAUGUAGGAAUCACAAAAUCCUCCAAGGCAAGCCACAUCAUGUGACACGAUUCUUAGCUUUGGCUCAAGUGGGAAAUCCAGACAAGAAGAAAAGAAUAUCACCAUUUGUGUUGUGGUUCAAAUCCACCAUGUUUGCAGAGGUCAAAGUUUGUUGUGUACCUACCCCACACACUGUGCAGAGGGAGUCUCAAGAGGAGGCUGGGCCUAACUUCUUCUUUGAUCAGAGGGCUCUUGAUUCCGCUCAUCGAAAACAGAAGAGACAACAGGACGGAGGACACCCUGCAAAGAGGCGACCCCCUCCCCAGCCCAGGGGGCCGUGCUGGUUCUGUCUGGGGGGCAAGGUGGUGGAGAAACAUCUCGUGGUCUCCAUCGGAGAUCAUACGUACCUGGCUUUAUCCAAGGGUGGGAUGGUACCAGAGCAUGUGCUGGUCCUACCUAUCGGUCACUAUGCAGCCUCCACUGACGCACCACCAGUUUUGGAGGAGCUUGGAAAGUUUAAGAGUGCUCUGAGGAAGUACUUCAACAGCAAAGAUCAGUCGUGUGUCAUCUUCGAGAGAAACUACAAAUCACAGCAUCUUCAACUACAGGUCAGUACCGUCAAGGCCGUAUAGAGAAGUGGUCGAUACGCCCUCGGUAUACUGGAUAGAAUCAUAUGGUCUGAUGUAGUUUUUGACAUAAUCGUAUAUGAUGUUCUAUAGCGUCUUUUUUCGACAUUAUGACCUAUUCGUAGAUGUGUUGACUGAUAGUUGUGUAUGGUUAGUGUGUGAUGGUAAUGG